GCAUUUUGAACAUUUGAUAUGUUGAUUUUGGACCCGAUGGAAGUGAAUGAAGACAAACAACAUCAGUUUCAAAAACCUCAGCAUUUCAAAAAUGAAGAUGGAAACACAGUCGUUCAACAGACCGAAAAGUGUUUCACACAAAAACGAGCUCGAAAAAGUGGAGAAGGAUCUUUCACCUGCUCUGAGUGUGGAAAGACUUGCACACAAAAAUCAGGCCUUGAGAGACACAUGAGAAUUCACACUGGAGAAAAGCCUUAUACAUGCACUCAGUGUGGAAAGAGUUUCACUCAGAGCAGUAAUCUCAGAGAUCAUCUGCGCCGUCACUCUGGAGUGAGAUCAUUCAGCUGUGAUCAGUGUGAUAAAACAUUUGUUGUGGAAUCAAACUUAAAAAAACACCUUAUAGUUCAUGCUGCUGUGAAGCCUCACUUUUGUUCUGUAUGUGGAAAGAGUUUUUCACUACUACAGACUUUUAAAAAACAUGAGCAAAUUCAUACUGGUGUGAGACCUUAUGUGUGCUCUGACUGUGGGAAGACCUUCACUGUAUCCAGUGCCUUAAAAUCACACCAGAGAAUUCAUACUGGAGAGAAACCGUACAAGUGUUCACACUGUGGAAAGAGAUUCUCUCAGUCAGGACACCUGAAAGCUCAUGAGAGAGUUCAUACUGGUGAGAAACCUUAUAUGUGCUUUGACUGUGGGAAGACCUUCACUACAAAACGCCGCUUAAAAACACACAAGAGAGUUCAUACUGGAGAGAAGCCGUACCAGUGCUCUUCAUGUGGGAAGAGUUUCACCCGAUUAUUUAGUCAACAAUCUCAUGAGAAAAAGCAUUGCCUGAAGUCGUUUAAGUGAGCAAAGUUCACAUACACAUUACAAAUAUUGUACU